CCCCGGGAGGGACCGCGGCUCCUCCCUUCUCCCCGGGGCGGGGGUUCUCCGGCCUUGACAUCCGGGGCGCCGCGGGCCGGCUAGCGCACUUGCACGUGGGGAAACUGAGGCCGGGCCGGAGUCCUCCCCGGCUGCCUCGGCCCGUUCCCCUCCCCCCCUCCCGCGCACGCCCGGAAAGGGGGAGGUCUGCGGAGGCUCCGGCUCCCAGCCCCGGGGCGCGGGGGAGGGACCGGCCCGGGUCCGGAGCGGGAUUUGAAUCCGGGUCUUCCCCGGAGCUGAAGCUAGGGCGGGGCUCAGGGAGAGCCCAGGAACCGCCGGCUCGGUAGCCAGAGGGGAACCGAGGCGGGGCCGCGGCAGAGCGAGGACCGGGCCCGGCCGAUGCCCUUUCCCCUCUCACCUGCGCGUGUGACCGAGGCCCCAGCGCCCUAGGUCCGGCUUAAAGCUGAGCCAGGAGUUUUCAGAAGUCUGGGGCCCGCCCCCGCGGACAUCUGGCCCGGGAGGGGAAGUCUCCGGCAGGAAGCCCGAGGCUGGGAACCCCAGCCGUGCUGAGCAGGAGCCUUUGCACCUUUUUUACAUCUUAUUUUCCAACUAGCAAAAGCCUAUUUUCCCUCCCACCCCCUCCCAGUUUUGAAAAAGAGAGGGAAAAACAACGCCCUUGUGACCUGUCCCGAGGCGAGCAAAAGGAAUUGCUCUGCGGGCGCUUUCCCGGCCCUGCCCCCGAGUUUGAGCUUUGCCGGCCCCGGUACCGGAUUGCUUCGGAGGAAGGCCCGUGUUGGAUGGGGCUUUCCAGGCAUCAGGAUUUGUGGCUUCCAGGUCUCAAAGCAGCCCGGUUUCAGAUGCUUUCCUUCCCAACUCCUUUCGAGAGCUUUCUGAGGUGGCCGAUCGUUCCUGGUGGCCUGUUUUCUGGACCUGGGGUUUCCCCACUCCGUAACCUCUCUGGUUACCGGGGGCAGGUGCGCGGAGGGUUCCAAGACCCGCCUCUGCCUCGGGUUCCCCUCUCUGGUUACCGGGGGCAGGGCCUCACCAAGCCAUUGCCAGGGCCAUCAGCCCUUGGUCAUGCUAAGCCCAACCACUGCCUGGACCUUUGUUUCUCUCAUGGCUGUCUGGCAAUCGAGGAGCUGAGCGGACGGCAGAGACAAGCACCAGCACCGGGGACAAGGAGCCCAUGUGGCCAUGGCUCAGAACCACAUGGUCAUCAACAGUGACUAUGGAGAUUGGGGUUGGAGUUCAGAUGCUGGAGAGCGUGCCCGGCUCCUCCAGAGCCCCAUCGUGGAUGGAGCCCCCAAAGGGGAAGAGGAGGAGCCACGAGCCACAAACGGGGGGACCACCUCCACUCUGGGAGCCGUCUUUAUCGUGGUGAAUGCCUGCCUGGGCGCUGGCCUGCUCAACUUCCCUGCUGCCUUCAGCACAGCCGGGGGGGUGGCCGCUGGAAUCACACUGCAGAUUGGCAUGUUGGUCUUCAUCAUCAGUGGCUUAGUCAUCCUGGCAUAUUGCUCCCAGGCCAGCAACGAGCGCACCUACCAGGAGGUGGUGUGGGCAGUAUGUGGCAAAUUGACGGGGGUUCUGUGUGAGGUUGCCAUCGCGGUGUACACUUUUGGCACCUGCAUUGCCUUCCUCAUCAUCAUUGGGGACCAGCAGGACAAAAUUAUUGCCGUGCUGGUGAAGGAGUCGGAGGAAGCACUCAACAGCCACUGGUACACAGACCGGAAAUUCACCAUCAGCCUCACGGCCUUUUUGUUCAUCCUCCCCCUCUCCAUCCCCAGGGAGAUUGGCUUCCAGAAGUAUGCCAGCUCCCUGAGUGUCCUUGGCACUUGGUACGUCACAGCCAUCAUCGUUAUCAAGUAUAUCUGGCCAGAUAAGGAGCUGCCCCCUGGGGAUGUACCCACCAGGCCGAUCUCCUGGAUGGCUGUGUUCAAUGCCAUGCCCACGAUCUGCUUUGGAUUCCAGUGCCAUGUAAGCAGCGUGCCCGUCUUCAACAGCAUGCGGCAGCCCAAGGUGCAGACCUGGGGUGGCGUGGUGACAGCAGCCAUGGUCAUAGCCCUCUGUGUCUACAUGGGCACAGGCAUCUGUGGUUUCCUAACCUUCGGAGUCAAUGUGAACCCCGAUGUGCUCCUCUCGUAUCCCUCGAAUGAUAUCCUUGUUGCCAUUGCCCGUGUCUUCAUCAUCAUCAGUGUGCUGACCUCCUACCCCAUCCUGCACUUCUGUGGACGGGCGGUCCUGGAGGGCCUGUGGCUGCGAUACAAGGGCGAGACGGUGGAGGAAGACGUGGCCAGGGAGAGGCGCCGGCGGGUGCUGCAGACGGUCACCUGGUUCUUGCUGACCCUGCUCCUGGCCCUGUUCAUCCCGGACAUAGGAAAAGUCAUUUCCAUCAUUGGUGGCUUGGCGGCCUGCUUUAUCUUUGUCUUCCCAGGACUCUGCCUGAUUCAAGCCAAACUUUCUGAAAUUGAAGAAGUCAAACCGAGCAGCUGGUGGGCGCUAGUCGCUUAUGGAGUCCUCUUGGUGACCCUGGGAGCCUUCAUCUUCGGACAGACCACAACCAAUGCCAUCUUCAUGAACCUCGCAGCCUGAGCUCCUUGUUUGGGACCAGACGGCCGGAGGGAAGAAAUGGCCUCUUCUGUGGAGAUCUCAAAGAACCAUAUCCAUGCUCCAGCCCCGGCUGGUGCCCCGGGGACCAUAUCAUAUUGCAUCCUGUCGUCAGUGCACUGGUGAAGCAGGCGGCUGGAACUGCUUCUACAAGGGGUUUUUCUGGUCAGAGGACAGAACCAGAGACUUCCUGGCUACUAGCAUCAUCUCCCACCACUGAAUCUUCCCAAGGACUGCUAUCUCCAUAUCCAGAAUUAAAACCUCAUUUCUUUUACUCAUUGGGAGAGAAGAACAGGAGGAAGAAAGAAUCUAGUCUUACUUGAGGGAGGAGAAAAUCCUCCCUGUGCUGGGAAACACUUUCUGCAGAAGGCUGGCCCCUGGCAGGGAGCACUUCUGGGGAGGCCUUUGUGCUGGGGACACUACAUGCAGUAACUAAAGCCACUUGUGACUUAAAGUGAACUUAAAGUUCAAAUGUGAACACAGGAGCUCAAAUGCAGAGGAAUUCCAAAAUCAUGCACAUGAUUAUCACAAAAGGAAGGAUUUUUCCCUGCCCAGGGAGCAGGAGACCAGAAACUAUCAAGCUCUGGCCAACAAAGGGUAGGGAUCAGACCCAAGCUCCCUUGACCCCAUUUGGACCCACUUUGUUUUGAUAAAUGUCUUUCCACUAAUCAUUAGUUACAGCCGGAGCCUUUUGGAACCUCAUCUCUUCUGCCCAGUACCAUGUUGGCUGGGAACAAGGAAGAGGAAAGACCACUAUUCCAUGGGCCUCAGGCAGCUCCAUGUCACUACAUUCCAGUGGGGCUUGACCAGCCUUCUUGGUCCGUCUGGCCCCAGAAUCUCACAAAGUCUAAUGUUUACAGAGACCGUUGGACUUCCCUGUCUGCAGAGGGGGCCAACACGCGUUAUGGUGCUUCGCGUAUCCAUCCGUUACCUCCUGAUUAGGAAUUCUUUUCCCUCUCAGAUUCCCAGUUGGCCCCUCCUCUAAGAACACGAAGGAGGAAAGGAUGGCAAGAGGGCUGUUUUGUCUUCUUUUGAACGUUCUCAGAAGCUCCUGACCCACGCUUGCUGUUCUCUGUCAAAAUUUCCAUUUCCCAUUCUUUCAUUUAAGGGCGAGUACAGUCCCUGGAUGGGAAAGACCCUCCUGGUGAGGGGCUGGUAAUGGGAACGAUAACACUGGAGAUAGGAGAGGUUUGGACCCCCUUCUCUGCAGCCUAACAGUUUACAAGACAAUUGUGAGUUUUUUCCAUGCCUGGUGACACUACUUCCAGUGCCAUGAUCCCCUUUCUUUUACACAUUUGAUUUUUCUCUUAUACCCAAAGAAAAGGGCAGUCAUUAGCUUUGGAGCCACUGCCCUGCCCUCCAUCAGGCCCCAUGGGCAAGCAGAUCCUGCUCUGGUAUCUCCCCUGCCAUAAUCACAAAGUAGAUUGUGUUGAGAACGUUGUAUUUUAUUCUUUUGGAGGAAAAGAUGGAGGAUGCGGUCCCCAGAGGGUCAGGAAUUUUAAGAUUUUCUAUCUCUGUCAACCCCCACCAUCUAUUUCUCCAGUGUCCAUGCCUCCAUCAAGUGGUGUGGCUUUGGGGCCCUCAGCAGCCUCUGCUCACUUUAGACAAUCUCAGGAAGACCAAGGGUGAUAAACUAGAACUAGCUCCUUCCAGACCAACACCUCCACUCUUGGGAGGUAGAGAGGCCGUUCGCAGAGAGCACCCCAACCUCUCCGGCUCACUAGUUGGUUUUUCCUAAGUGAUGGAUGCAGUUGGAGGCCCUAGUUAAUAGGAAGGAGGCUUCUUUCCUCCAAGAAUACUUUGCCCUUGAAGGUCUAGCAAGGGACCUGGUCCUCCCUCUUCCCACAUAAAUAACCAGGGCCUUGAAGGUUCAAUUGUGUGGGAAGAUGAAAUUGAGUAGCUUGGGUUUCUCCCUCUUGUUUUCUCUUCCUUCUAACCAGUAAUACAGGCCCAGCUUCUUACCAAAGUCUGGGCUUUUAUGCUCUCACCUGUCUCUGGAAGUUGGGGAGAUGUGUUAGCCACUCCCCUCCCCCCCCCAUAUUGCAUCUGGAAAUGUCUGUCCCUUUUAGAGGGAACUCAUAUGAGGGCAGGGUGUUCCAGUCUCAUUAGGUGUGUGAAGCCAGAAAAAGGGGUGGACUCUGGCUCACCCCAGAGCCAGAUGGGGUGAGCACAGAUGGGCACCUCCCCAUCUGUGAUUUUUAAUUUUUUUUCCCCUCUACCCUUUUCCCCUUGGCCUUGAAAACACAUAAUAAAAGGGAAUUUUGCUGCUGA